CUUUUUAUUAUAAGGUGUAACUAGCUGGUUCAUAUAAAUGCUUUGUCCACGCCGGUUAAGUGGCAAACGUGUGCAACUUCGAGUUUAUUUUCCCCAAUAACUGAGUUAUUCCAUCAAAUGGAGAUCGGUGCAGUUUGGAUAUAGUUCGAGAUCGUCGAAAUGUGCUCAUUCCGAUCGUAGCACAAUUUGUUGGCGAUCAAAUCGAUCACAUAUAUAUUUGUCGAAAACAUAUGUAAAUAAAGACAUGUAAUGUGCAUAAGAGGAAAUCAAAGUAGUGCGUGUAUGUAUUUACAUAUGUAUGUGCAUAUAAGCCAUUGAAGGAUCGAGUAUAAUAAUAAAAUGAAUACUUGUAUGUGAAGAGAAGGCUGCAAUAUAUGUACUUACGAUCGCUUCGUAUUGUACGCAGUAUUCGAUAUCCCAGAGUUGCCCAGAGUUCUUGAUAAUUCGGCACACAUAAAUGGCUUAAGGGUGCCUCGAACCGAACCGAACCUCCAAGAAACAAUGGAUCUUUUAUGUUCGGAGAACCUGGUUUUUGAAUCUGAUUCAUCGUUGUAUCGCCUGAACCAACGCCAACAGGAAAUGUCAGUGUCUGCGCCAUAUCCAUUGUCGAUAAAACCCGAUUCCGAUCCCCAAACAGAUCGAGAAACAGUGCAAAGUCCUUCGGACUUCAACCAGAACAACAACAACACCGUUGUGUGCAAUAUGAAGGAGAUUGUGUAUAUAUACGCAUCGGUCGAAGAAGCUGCGAAGAAUACAGAAGAACUGGAACCAUCAGUACCGGAACCGAAGCCACAGUCGCUCCUACAAUCCCAAUCCCAAUCACAAUUACAGUCCCAGCGAUACAACGAUCGACUGCCCAAGACAGCCCAAGAUUCACCCGCAGCAGACAACGUGAACACAGCCAUCGGGGAUCCCACAUUGUAUUCGGAUCGGUGCCUGGAGAAUGCCCUCAAGGCCGAGGAGAAGCACCACCAGAUGGACCAGGUGGACACCUACUUCGCCAUUCAGAAGGACAUAACGCCGCCAAUGCGGAAGAUUGUAGCCGAAUGGAUGAUGGAAGUGUGUGCUGAGGAAAAUUGCCAGGAAGAGGUCGUGCUGCUGGCCUUGAAUUACAUGGAUCGAUUUCUUUCGAGCAAAUCGGUGCGCAAGACCCAUCUGCAAAUAUUGGCUGCUGCCUGUCUUCUACUUGCCUCCAAGCUCCGUGAGCCCAGCUGUCGUGCACUUUCGGUGGAUUUGCUGGUUGUUUAUACGGACAACAGCAUAUACAAGGACGAUUUGAUAAAAUGGGAGCUGUAUGUGCUGAGCCGAUUGGGUUGGGACCUUUCGUCCGUGACUCCUCUGGAUUUCCUUGAGCUCCUGAUGAUGCGCCUGCCGAUAGGAAGUAAAAACUUCCCGGACAUAAACAUUGGCAAGGUCAGGGGACAUGCUCAGGCAUUUAUAUCGCUGGCGGCAAAAGAACACAAGUUUGCCAAGUUCUCGGCCAGCACAAUAGCUGCAUCGAGCAUCGCUGCUUCGAUGAAUGGCUUGAAGUGGCAUCUGCGGUCGGGUCACAACCUGCAUUUCCUGUUGAGUCUGAUGACCGACCUGACCAGCGUGGAGCAAGCUCAGGUGCAGGAUUGCAUGUUGCACAUGGAGGACAUUUUCAAGGAGCACAGUCGAAACCUGCAGCCCUUUCUCGUCAACAUAGACCCCUCGCAAAUGUCAACGCUAUACUACCAGGGUCGUUUUCAAAUACACCAAUCGCAGCACCUCUCGCAAAUCUCAAUACGAUCGCUACCUCUGCCGAAAACGCCAGCCGACUGUGGGGAACAACAUCAGCAGCAGCACAACUUUGGGUCCUCAUCGGCGCCGCAUCGAACGCAUACGUGCAAAAUGCAGGCGCAGGCUCAGAACGAGCUGCAAGACGUUACAUUUUGAGGUGUCAAUUAGGAAUACAACAAGAUAGCUUGUUAGCUAGAUUUAAGGCUAAUAUAUAGUAUAUAUGCUACUUCUUUUGCUACUGUAUAGGAUCACGUUAACAUUGUAUUCCUAACGACUGUAAGAUUGGUCAAUAUUCGAUUAUUAUUGCGUCUAUAUCGAUGUAUUUUUAUUCACCCAACUAUUUUUACCAAUUUAUGGGCCUGUAAUUUAGUAGCUAUCAUUAGUACUUUGUAUAAAAUAGCGUUAGAUAAUCAUCAUGAAACUUUAAAAUGGAAAAAAACAUUAAAACGAGACUGAUUGUAAACAGUAAAGCAACA